AUGUUCAAGGCCAUCUUUUCCUCGUCCAGCAGCUCCAAGCAGCCCAAUACAAAGAGCAGCACCAUCGACGCAAGCUCGUCCUCAUCCGCGCCCCAGAGCCGAACAACAACGCCCUCUUCCUCGCCCUCCAUGUCUUCGAUCCCGCUUCUACCCUCUCGUGCCUCGAGCUCUGCCAUGGCAUCGUGGACAGUGCCCCCUUUCCCGCACCCAUUGCCCGAACGCCGCAUCGGCAUCGUGCCCACCGAUCAGGGCCUCUUGGUUUAUCCCCGCAGCUCGUCCUACCUCCACCAGCAUCGUCAGAAUCAUCGCCACCAGCCUUUGCACGCUCCUCAACAUACCAAGUCGAACACCACUGCAGCUUCCAUCCCCACUGCUACCCGUCCAUUUGGCUCGGGAGACGGGUUCAAGGUUGCCACCAUCGGAGCAUCCAAUGUCGCAUCUCUGAGUGCGUCCACUUCCACAGCCACCAGUGUUCUUUCUCCGCUGACAUCUCUUGAUGUCGGCUUUCUCAUCGACUGGAGCAAAGAUGCCAAAAUUACACCGUUGCAACCAUCGGUAUGGAAGUCGAUUCUGGACGCUGCGACGCCCGACCAGCCCUCGCUGGAAUGCUAUGGCAUCGUUGGUCUCUCGCGCUUCUUCAGUAGUAGCUACCUCUUCGUCAUCACCAGUUCAAAGCUCAUCGGCCAUUAUUUCCACGAUACUCGUCCCAUAUACUGCUGCACGGGUGUACUGGCCAUCCCGCUUCUCCACCAAGAAGCAUCGCAAGCCAUCCGCUCGCAGCUCGCCAAGCAAGGCAGCGCUCCUUCCGCACCGAUUCCUGGCGCAGAGGCCGCGGAUUCAUCUAUAGACGGAAAUGUCUCUGCAGAUAGCGACUCGGACAGCGAAGAUGACUCCUCCGAGUCCGACUACGACGACGUCGAGACGCCGGCCGCAAUCCCUAAAGAACCCUUCUUCUCGAGUUUCUCGACCUCGCAGAGGCCUGACACGCUCCGCAUGCCCAAAUCCAGGCCUUGGUUGACUCGUGCUGCUCGUGCAGUAUCCGAUGGCCGCAUCCAGACCAUCUCUGAGAAUGCUGCCACGCAGUCACAGAUCGCAGACACCGCGCAAGAACCUGCAGAUGUGGUCGAGGUUCCCCGACCCGAUCUUGCGUCGCCGGGAGGGACCGACCCGCCUGCUGCUGAUGCAGAAGAGCCCACGGUCAUCCCUGCCACCCCGGACGAGCAGUGGCAUGCUGCUAAGCAGGCCGAGCUCGAGGAUAAGGCAGUGCGAGAAACGGCAAAGUACUGGGCUCGCGGAGAGUUCUGGUUCAGCUACGACUUUGAUCUCACUACCUCCUCGCAGAAGAAGAGGCAGGCACUCGACGGCAACGGCAAGCCCGACUCGAUUGCCAGCGCUAGAGUGACUUCUCAUCAGGCUUUGCAUCCGACACGCGCGAUCGACUUUUCCUCUGCAGACACCACAGCCGUGCCCGCAUUUCCCCUGCUUGCUGAGCCAUAUCCAAACUUGCCGCUGUGGAGAAGAGCCGAUCGCCGCUUCUGGCACAACGAGCACAUGUCGAAGGAUCUCAUUCACGCCGGUCUGCAUGCGUACAUCCUGCCAGUCAUGCAAGGCUAUCUCCAGACCGUCGAUCUCCCCAUCCAACCCAUCGAGGAAGACAAAGCAGAAGCAGAGCCAACGGACGCAGUGCAGCGAUGCCAGGUAAUGGUUGUCUCACGUCGGUCCAAAGAGAGAGCCGGCCUGCGGUACCAGCGUCGAGGCAUCAAUGAGUCUGGCCAGGUUGCCAACUUUGUCGAGACCGAACAGAUCCUCUACGUUCUACAUUCCACGGCAGCGAACGAGACGAUCGGCGAUGUGCUGUCGUUUGUCCAGAUUCGAGGCAGCAUCCCUCUGUUCUGGUCACAGAGCCCGUUCUCGCUCAAACCGCCACCGGUGCUCGAACGGACCGAAUCAGAAAACACAGCGGCGUGUCGCAAGCAUUUCGCCGCCCAAGUCGAGCGCUACGGCUCGAUCAUCUGCGUCAACCUCGCCGAGCAAGGCGGCAAAGAGGGCCACAUCUCGAAAGCCUACCGCACCGCUGUCGAGAGCCUUCGAAGCGAGGGCGGCACUGGAAGCACAGAGUGGGACAGGCAGAAGCUGCACUACGUCGACUUUGACUUCCACAAGGAGUGCGCCGGGAUGAAGUUCGAGAAUGUCGCCAAGCUGAUCCAUCAGAUGAGCGACACGCUGGCCGAGAUGAAGUUCUACCAUCAUCGUACGGUGGGUGCCGAGACGCGGGUGCUUAGCACACAAACGGGCGUGUUUAGGGUGUCGUGCUUGGACUGUCUGGAUAGGACCAAUGUCGUUCAGUCGGCAUUCGCGAGACACGUGCUCACGGGUCAGCUGGCCAAGUUGGCGAUUCAGGUCGGCUCGUCUGCUGCUACCCCGGCUUCUGCUUGA